GCUAAUGCUAAUGCUAAUGCUAAUGCUCAACGCAUGUUAGAAAUCUCUCAGUCAGGUCAGAACUCCGAAGUCUAUUGCUUUCUCUCACAAGCCUUCCAUUUAUCACUAGCGAUUUAAUUGGAUUUCAAACCACAUUCCGCAAUUUCUUUAAAUUUGAUCGAAUUAGGGUUUCGUCAGAAGAAAAGAUGAAUGGCGAAUUGCCGAAUGUCAAGAAAUGGGUGGUGUUCUACCCAAUUUACAUCAAUUCGAAGAAAACGAUAGCUGAAGGUCGUCGAAUUAGCGCUAGCAAAGCUUGCGAAAAUCCUACUUGCGAUGAAAUCGGAGAUUGCUGUAAAUUUCUCAAUCUUCCCUACCAUAAAGAGGUUGAGAAAGCUUAUCCAAGAGAUUUUAUGCAGAGAGGGAGAGUAAGAGUGUUGCUAAAAAGAGAAGAUGGAAGUUUAUGUAAUCCUGAGAUUUCGUCGAGGAAGCAUUUGAUGUUGCGAAUCGCAGAAAUGGUACCCCGGCAUAUUGGAAGAACCACAAAAAAGCAGGAAUCAGCCUCUAGCUCCAGUACUGCACCUGCUAAAUCUGGCAAGGGUGGUAAAAAGAAAAAAUAGGUCAAAUUCACUGCUUUUAUCAUUCUUUGUGCAACUUGACAUUAGUAAAGAACUGUAAAUCUCCGGUUAACAUGUUGCUUGCAAAUGUGGGAAGUAUGAGAAGCAAUGUGUUUAAUAUGGUGACGAUGUAUGCUCAGUUAGAUCUUGGCAUGCCUUUUGCUUUAUUAUAGACAAUAUCUACUAGGCUUCAGCCAAUCAUAUGAACUCAAUUUUUUCCAAAACCUUUCAUAUCCAUGUUUGUUCUUCGGUAAGGUAGAACUAUAUUUAACUUCUGGUGCUAAUGUUUA